CUUAUUUAAAUGCUCAAAAGCAGAGUCUUCAGUUUGUAUCAAGAGAUAGCUGGUUUAUCAUCAUUUAAGAUUAAAAAAAUACUUAUUAAUUCACAGUCGAAAAUAUGACUACUUACACGGAUAAAGGCCCAAAACCAAUUGGUGGAAAAUUCCUGGCAUUUGAUCACCUGACAUUGUGGGUAGGAAAUGCAAAGCAAGCAGCGGCUUUUUAUUGCGCGAGAUUCGGCUUCGAACCACUGGGCUACCGAGGAUUAGAAACCGGCUCGCGGAAAUUAGCUUCUCAUGCUGUCAAACAAAAUAAAAUUAUUUUUGUAUUUGAGUCUGCUUAUGAGCCAGAUGACAAAGAGAUGUCCCAGCAUUUAGCACGACACGGAGACGGAGUGAGAGAUAUUGCUUUUAAUGUCGAAGAUAUUGACACUAUUGUUCGUGUUGCGAAAGAGCGUGGCGCUACAAUCGUUAGAGCUGUCAAAGAAGAAAAAGAUGAACAUGGGAUUGUUAAGACGGCUACCAUUCAAACAUUUGGCGACACAUUGCACACUUUAAUUGACAGAACAAAGUAUAAAGGACGUUUUCUUCCGGGAUUUGUUGAUGUGCAACCUGAUCCUAUCAGCAGACUACUGCCACCAACUUUAUUAGAUUUUGUUGAUCAUUGUGUCGGUAAUCAACCGGACCAACAAAUGGAGCCAGUUGCUAAAUGGUAUGAACAGUGUCUGCAGUUCCAUAGAUUUUGGUCCGUCGAUGACACUCAGCUGCACACAGAAUUCUCAGCACUCCGUUCCAUCGUAAUGACUAACUGGGAAGAAACGGUGAAGAUCCCAAUAAACGAGCCAGCACCAGGAAAAAGACGGUCUCAAAUCCAAGAAUUUGUUGAGUACUACGGAGGCCCGGGUAUUCAACACAUCGCUCUUAAUACAAGUGACAUAAUUACGUCAAUUGAAAAUUUAAGAGCGCGGGGAGUUGAAUUUUUGUAUGUCCCGGACAGUUAUUACGAUAUGCUCAGGCACCGAUUGAAGUCUAGCAGUACAAAAGUAAUAGAAGAUCUAACAGUUCUUCAGAAACUUAAAAUUCUUAUUGAUUUCGAUGAAAAUGGUUAUCUUCUUCAAAUCUUCUCUAAAAAUGUCGAAGACAGGCCUACACUCUUUAUUGAAAUAAUUCAACGAAGAAAUCACAAUGGCUUUGGAGCUGGAAAUUUUCAAGCACUAUUUGAAGCUAUUGAAAAAGAGCAGGAAAAACGUGGAAAUUUAUAAACACUCUUCAUUAAUUAUUUAAAAAAAAAAAAAUUAAUUUUUUUUUUUUAACAAUUAAUAUACUUAUUUUUAAUUAUUAAUCAUGUU